AUGUAUCAGAAUGUGAUCGGCAUACCAAAGCAACUGGAGUACUUUAAAGAGUAUAAGAAAAGACUGGAGUCCGCAAUUGGGACGAAAGAGACCGAAAAUCAUAUCAACAAGGCAUUGUUUAUCGUCAGUGCUGGCACGAAUGACUUCGUUAUCAAUUAUUUUACUCUGCCAAUCCGACGAAAAACCUACUCCGUCUCAGGUUACCAGCAAUUCAUCCUGCAAACAGCCACACAAUUCCUUCAGGACUUGUUUGAGCAAGGAGCAAGAAGAAUCUUAUUUAGUGCACUACCUCCAAUGGGUUGCCUGCCGGUCGUUAUCACCCUUUUCUCGAACCAUGCCAUCUCAGAACGUGGUUGUCUUGAUUAUUUUUCCUCCGUCGGACGACAGUUCAAUCAGUUGCUCCAAAAUGAGUUAAAUCUCAUGCAAAUUCGAUUAGCAAAUCAUGGUGUGAGGAUCUAUUUAACUGAUACGUACAGUGCUGUGACUGACAUGAUUCAAGGGCAAGGAAGGUCUGCAUUUGAUGAAGUAAGCCGUGGCUGUUGUGGAACCGGUUACUUGGAAGCAUCUCUCUUGUGCAACCCAAAAUCAUUUUUGUGUCCUGAUGCAUCAAAGUACGUAUUUUGGGAUUCAAUACAUCCAACUGAGCAGGUAUACAGCAAUGUUUUUAAGUCCAAUCGUCCUAUAAUUGAUGCUAUCAUCAAGGGCUAA